GUGGUCGAGCUGCAGUCAGCAUCAGUUUAGCGCUUCGCUACGCAACGAUAAGCAGCCAGCCACAAGCAACCGAAAAGGCAGCGCUGCCGGCGCCACACAGUGAAGGCAACAGCUUCUCAGCGCAAGAUUAAGCAAAACGUGAAAGUUGCAACGAAGUAAUUGAUUAAUUGCAACCAGCAACAAAAGAAAGAGGGCAGUUUUGUUCAAUUGUUUAAAAAAGCGGUAAAAAACUGUUUAUUUUUUUUUUAAAGAGUGUAACAAGUGUGAAGUGACAGCAUUGAAACAGGCAUCGAAAGUGAUUUAAAAGCAUCGAUGCAUCUUACAUGGACGAUUGUGUGAACAGUGUGUGCAUUGGAAACGCUUUGCAGCAAAAGAUACGGCAAAGAUAGUGAAACUGACCAUCAUUUUCAAACUCAACUCUAAAAUCGAGAGCAAGUGUUUGUGUGUUUCCACUGACUACAACGGUGAUUGUUCUUGGAAGCGGGAAAGCAAACGCAGCGUCAUCUCAGGUGGACUCAGCAGCGCUGGUUCUAUUCGCUUGCGCCCCGAAGCUAGAAAGCCUACUACACACUGCACGCACGUAAAACGCACCGGAAGGACACGCGGAGCAGAGCAACUACUACUACAACAAUGAUUACCCAUUGGACGCUGAUCGUGCUGGUGGCGGUCGCCAUUGCCGGGCCAUGCACGGUACUGGCCCGCCCGCUAGAACCGGAAGCGCCGGCCGAGAUCUACAACGAGCUGGCGGAGGAGUUUCAGCGGCUGCACAACCAGGAGAUACGCUUCCUGCAGUAUCUGAGCGUGCAGGCGGAGCGGCAGCAGCGCGAAGAAGCCUACCUUCAGGCGCAGCGCGAACAGCAGCAGCUUGCGCUAGACGUGCGCAGCAGCAGCAACACCAACGCGCUGCUAGACGAUGCCGGCUCGCUGCUCGACGACAUACCGCAGGAGUACGGACGGGCCGAGGAGGCGGCCAACAGUUCGGGGCGCAAUCUGAACGGAUACGGGCACGAGAGCGUCACCCAGAGCGAACCGGUGCAGAAGGAGAUUCCGCACCAGAAGAGCAAAAAUGAUAAGAAAAAUAAUCACUAUAUGUCCUUGUGUCACUUCAAGCUGUGCAACAUGGGCCGUAAGCGCAAUCAACGAUAUCCUCAAUUCUGGAACUAAACGGUGAUCGAGCGCUGACAAAACCAGAACGACACUUUUAUGUACAACGAAACAGCAAACUAAACAAAAAAAAACGCUUCCCCGGAAAAGACAUUCCACGGGUGGCCAACCGGAACCGGGGGACAUUCCAAUCCGCUCGAUGAUAGAGAACGCCGCAUAUACAUGGCAUACAUUUAUACGCCCACAGUACAACCAGCAGCAGCAGGAGCAGCAUCAUACAUAUUAGUAACCCAGGCAGACAUUCAGACACACUUCAGUGUAAACCGCACUAUAGAGAACUGGAAGUAGAGAUCAUGGAAAUGCUCACCAAGCAGUAACAAAACAAAUACAUUAACGAGAAACCAUAGGGCAAAGAAAGAGAAAUCAGAAAAGAAACAAAAAUACUUAAAACAAACGAAAAACAAACAAACAAGGAGAUAAGAAACAAACAUACGAACGGGGAAAAAACACAAAAAGACAAAUUAUUUAUGAUAUACUUAAAUUAUUGAUUGAAAAUACUAUUGAAAUGUUACUUAAAUUUAUCUAAUUGCUAUAUACAAUUCAGCGAAGGCAAUGGUAGGGACAGGACAAAUGAGGACAAUGAGGGUUUACGGUGCCGAAGAGAGAAAGUCCCCGUAUUAGAGAUGGUAGAGAAGCAGCAGUAGCAGCAAACAGUUACAACACAGCACAAUGGCCAUGAAGUGUGUAGGGUAGGGUAGUGUGUGUAGAUCCGAGACCAUCCAAGCCGAAGCGAGCACGCCAGCGCGUGCUAAUUCUCGCACGGAACAUGAACAAGUAUUCAGAAUUAUCUGUUUUUCUUUAUGCAUCGUUUUACAGUAACUGUCAUACAUUCCACAUUUUAGUGCAACCAAAAAAAAAAACAAAAAACAAAAAGGUCUCAUUCAUUUCAUUGUUUAGUUUUUUAGCUUUAAAGUGGCAAACCAUUCCGGACCAAACAUCAUCACAGGAUUGUUAGCGGGCAGGAUAAGGUGUUAGGGAUUUUUUUUUGUGUGUUUGAAAGUACGCAAAACCAAAACCUGGAAAGCAAACGAUUCGUAUUAUUAGCUUUAAUUUUUAAUCGUAUUAUAAUUAAAAUUCAACAUAUUCACGACAGAAACAAAAA